UUUUUUUUCCGAUUGAAUACAAAUUUUGAUAUAAAAGCUGAUCAGACCGUUAGACAUCAAAGCAGUUCGGUAUCGACUGAGUUUACCAUUGGAAGUUUAGAUUUUUCCGACUAUAGUCCAAGACAGGAUAGUUCUUUCAAAAUGUUCUCAAAAUUGGCCUUUGUUUGCUUAGUUGCAUUUGCAGCAGCUGCUCCCCAACAUCCACCAGCCGCACAAUUCCCAGCUGGAGUGAACCCAGCCCUAUGCCCAGGAUUCCCAGUUUGCGACAAUGCCCUCUUGCACAACCCGCAACCACACCAAUCCGGACACUGGGGAGCACCAGCUCCAGCCUGGAAUAACCCAGCUCCAUCCUGGAAUAACCCAGCUCCAUCAUGGAACAAUCCAGCCCCAGCAUGGAACAACCCAGCUCCAGCCGGACAUUGGGGAGCUCCAGCUGCUCCAGCCUGGGGAGCACCAGCCUUAACUGGACCAGCAGGCAAUGCUCUUCCACCAGCAGACAAAUUCCCAGCCGGAGUCAACCCACACUCAUGCCCCAACUAUCCAUUCUGCGAUACCGCUGCUGCGGGACACGCCCCACAAGUCGCUCCACUGCCAGGAUGGACUGAAAGACAAUACCCAGCUGGUGUUUCGCCACACACUUGCCCCAACUUCCCAUACUGCUCUUAAAUGUCCUGUCCUUUCUCAUCCUUAGUUUCUGUCUUUGUGAUGAUUUUCUCUUCUCCGUUUCGUCUAUUUUCGUUGCACUCGCCCUUGCCCGCCCUGCCUACUAUUUUCUACGAAGUUGGUCCUUGCCAUCAUCCACUGAGUUUUUACAUAUUUCAACAGUAAGGGUGGUUCCUCAUUCUUUAUUUAAUUUAUAAAUUAUGAACAUUGUUUUGCGUCCUCCUUGAUGAAAAUAAAAGAAAAGCAUUCGAAGCGAA